AUGCUCUCUCCCUCCCUCUCUCUCUGUCAGUGUCAUUCUGUAGUGGAGAUGUGGAGUGUCUUUCUGUCUCUCUGUCUGUUUUUCCAGCCUAAUUCAGCUGAGGAAGUGAUGCUGCUGGACACAACAGAGUCUACCUCAGAGCUGGGCUGGACCACCUAUCCAGACACAGGGUGGGAUGAGGUCAGUGUCCUGGACGACCGAGGGAAGCUCAUACGAACCUUUGAGGUCUGUAAUGUCAACCAAAAUCCCCGACAACAAGACAACUGGCUGGCUACACCCUUCCUGUACCGCCACUCUGCUCCACGGGUGUUUGUCACGUUGCGUUUCUCGGUGCGUGACUGUGCCAGCCUGCGGUCACCAUCGCCCACCUGCCGAGAGACACUCACCCUGUACUACAAACAGGCUGACAGUCAGAGGGAACUGGAGAGGACUUGGGCAGCUGAGCCGUCCAGCAGAGAGAAGGACACCAGGGAGGGCUGGGUGAAGAUUGACACCAUAGCUGCAGACAAGAGUUUCUCAAAAGUGGAGCCCAGUUCACCCCACCAGUACCAACCCAACAGAUACAGCCGAAUCAACAUCAAGACACGCAGCUUUGCCCCUCUCACACGCAAUGGAUUUGUCCUGGCCAUCGUCGACAGUGGAGCUUGCGUUUCCCUCAUGGGUGUCUCUAUCUUCUAUCGCCGCUGUCCAGCCACCAGCCUCUACUUGGCAUCCUACCCAGCGACUCCCUCAGGUGCGGAGCCGACUGCUUUGGUGCCCGUGAGUGGGAUAUGCGUCCCCCACAGUAAAGCGCAGGGAGGCACAGCCCCUCGCAUGCACUGCAAUGCUGAAGGGGAGUGGAUGGUGCCCGUAGGAGGGUGUGUCUGUGAUGAAGGCUACGAACCGAACGUCAAUGGAUCUGCCUGCUUGGCCUGUGCGGUCGGUUACUUUAAACCACUUUCAGGUUCUGUUCCCUGCUUGGUAUGUCCUUCCAACAGCAGAACCAGCCAGGAGGGGUCGAGUAUGUGUGAAUGUCGCAGCGGCUUUUACCGAGCAGCCAAUGAUGCCAACUCCUCUGCCUGCACAACUCCUCCAUCUGCUCCAGUCUCACCGUCCUGGGAGUAUGAGAGUGGCGAUGGUGGGGUGUCCUUAAGGUGGCGCCCUCCAGUUGACAUGGGAGGCCGCAGUGAAGUGUGGUACGGGGUGGUGUGUCGCAUCUGCCCCUCAGCCACCUUCACCAACCCAGCAUCAUGCUCCUGGUGUGGGGAGGGUGUGACUUUCAGUCCCUCCCAGACCAACCUAAAACAAACCAAGGUCACCCUCAACAACCUGCUGACCAGAGUCACUUAUCUCAUACAGGUGCAAGCAAUGAAUGAGGUGUCAGCUUUGAGCCCUUUUCCGGCUCGAUACACAAGCAUCAAUUUUACAACAAGCCAGUCAGUUCCCAGUACAGUUCCCAUGAUGCACCAGCUGAGCCGUGCCCCAGACUCCAUCACUCUCUCAUGGCCUCAGCCAGACAGGCCCAAUGGAGACAUCCUGGAGUAUCAGCUGAGAUACUAUGACAAGGCCUCAGAUGUGGACAGUGCAGUGAGUGUGUACAGUGAGACCAACACAGUGACUGUCACCUCUCUGAUUCCCGGAUCCAUCUACGCGUUCCAGAUCAGAGCUCGAAAUGAGCGGGGCUACGGCCCCUACAGCAACACUAUCUACUUCACCACGCUGCCUCUAGAGGAACAUUCACAGCAGAUCCAGAAUCGACUUCCUCUGCUCGUUGGCUCGGUGAUGGGAGGGGCGGCGUUUCUCCUCGUCGUGGCAGCGAUUGUGGUUGUGGUGGUAUUUCGUAGUAAGAGGAGGGAGAGUCCGUACAGCGACAGACUCCAGAGGUACAUCAGUAACCGAGGUGGAGUGAAGUAUUAUGUGGAUCCAUCCACUUAUGAGGACCCCAGUGAGGCGGUCAAAGAGUUUGCCCGUGAGAUAGAUCCUACUCACCUGAAGAUUGAGGAAGUGAUUGGUGCAGCCCAGUUUGGGGAGGUUUCUCGAGGGCGCUACCGUCCGCUGGGUCGCAGGGAGGUGCUCGUAGCUGUGAAGACUUUACGCUGGGGAGCGUCCGACAGAGAGAAGGGGAUGUUCCUCAGUGAAGCAGGAGUCCUGGGACAGUUUGACCACCCCAAUGUGCUGAAGCUAGAGGGUGUGGUUACUCGCAGCCCUCCAGAAAGGAUCAUCACUGAGUUCAUGGAGAACGGACCCCUGGACGCCUUCCUCAGGGAGAAUGAGGGGCAGUUUAGCGUCCUCCAGCUUGUUGGGAUGCUCAGGGGAGUUGGUGCAGGGAUGCGUUACCUCUCUGAGAGAAACUUUGUCCACCGGGACCUAGCGGCCAGGAACAUACUGGUCAAUUCCAAUCUGGUCUGCAAGGUGUCUGACUUUGGCCUGUCCCGACUCAUGAGGGGUCUGGACCACAAUAUACCAACAUACACUGCCUCACUGGGAAGCAAGAUUCCUGUGAGGUGGACGGCACCAGAAGCCUUUCAACAUCGCAAGUUCAGCUCAGCUAGUGAUGUCUGGAGCUUCGGCAUACUUAUGUGGGAAGUGAUGUCAUAUGGAGAGCGUCCAUACUGGGACAUGAGCAACCAGGAAGUGAUGAAGGCAGUAGCAGACCAGUAUCGUCUCCCUGCCCCCCACAACUGCCCCCCAGGCCUCCACUCACUGAUGCUUCAGUGCUGGCAGGCUGAUCGAGGGGACCGGCCAGGCUUCGACUCCCUCCUGUCCUCCUUGGAUCGGCUCAUCAGGCACCCUGCCUCGCUCAAGGCAGAGCCAACUCGAAGCUGCUCUCAGCCACUGCUCAGCCCCACCCCCACAGACUUAUCGUCAGUGGCAACAGUCAGUGAUUGGCUGAAGGCCCUGAGGAUGGAGAGAUAUCAAGAUGAGUUUGAUCAAGCGCACCUGGACACGUUAGACAGAGUCAGCAGGCUCACCAUGGAUGAUAUCCAGAAUCUCGGUGUGAACCUGCUGGGACACCAGAGGAAGAUCUCCAGUGCCGCCCAGCAGCUCAGGGCCCAUCUGACGCAGGGUCAGGUGAAGGUGUGAAAUCCACCGACAGAACAACCUGUGCCGUGGAUUUCUAAGGUUUUCACAUUCCUCUGCUUGUUGUGUCUGGUUUCUGCAGCAGCAUUCAUUUCGAUGGAGCAUUAUUUUUAAGCCAAAACCUAAAGCAAAAUCAGCUUUUCUUUAAGCAUGAAGUGCCACUUUGUAUUCUUAAAACCCGACACGACAAACAGAAGGGGUGAAAAGGAGGAUCAGACUUUUUCCUGCCAGUCACUCAAGACAAAUAAAAGAAGAGGGAUGCACUACGGGAGCUGCAGUCCAGAUCAAAGUGAGGUUAGGGAGUUGCCGAGGAGAAGGAGGACUUUAAAGAUUCCUCGAUGUUUUUCACUAGAUUUCACUUUAUUGUUGUCUGCCUUCUUCUCUCCUCACCCAUCUGCAAUCCUACCUCUCACCUUCUCCUCUCUUCAGUAUUCUCACGUCCGGUUUGUCUCACUGCUGUCAUUUCUUUAAACUUUUCGAUUUCCCCACCCUCAUUGAGAAACUAUGAAAAUAUUUUUUUGUGAAAAUACUUAUGGAGAUCUCUCCUCAAAGAAUUGCGUGAAGACAAUCAAAACCCUUUUCUAAUACUUUUUGAGUUAUUUGUAAAGUUGUAUCACUUCCUCUCUAUUUAAAAACGCCAAAUGCUGAAAACUGUUAGCAAAAAACAGUGUAAGUAUACUACCUAGCAGCCUAUGGUUUGCCUUAUAAGGUUUUACCAUUAGCUUUCAGAAACUUGUAUAGUUUGUUCAGUGUCCCAGUAAAAUCAACCACCAGUCCACAAUCAGUUCUGCAAACCCUGAGGUUAGAUAUGAAUCACUGCCAUGAAACAAGGGAAACAAAACCUAAACAAAUAGAUGAUUUUAAAAUCUGUAAGCCAUGUUUUCCCCUCUUUGAAAGACAUAUCCAUGGUCUGACAGCAGCCCUGUUUGUACGACUCACUCUCACUUUAGGGCCUCUCAGCGACAGCAGAGCUCAUAAACUGUAGUAUGACAAACUUCACCUCAGCUGCAAACACGCGCGUCCAUCUGUGAUGAAGUCGGAGCAGAACAGCACCCACCAUUAUGUGUACCUUCCACACUUCACCUCGUUUUGUUUGAUUGCUAGAGUACAGACACUGAGUCAUUAAAGCAUUGUGAAUGUGUGAAAUGGGUAAGAUGGACAAAAUCUGAGCUGAUUUACACUUGAAGAAAGGAGGCCUAAUGCUUUGUAAGUACGUACCUGUGUGUCUCUAACAUGUGUGCUGUAUAGAAGGCUGUGUUAAUGUGUACAUCAGGUAUAUGCUGUACAUGACGCUGUGUGUAUGUGUGUGUGUGUGUGUGUGUGAGUGCGUGUGUGUGUGCGUGUGCAAUUCCAUGUGUGUGUGUGUGUGUGUGUGUGUGUGUGUGUUUGAGACAAGUGUGUCAGGCUACACACAUUAAUAGCUGUGUUUACUUGUAUGAGUGUUCACUAUUCCAUAAUUGUGCAAAUUUGUAAAAUAAAUGAUAUGAUUUUA